AUGGGGGUCGGUAAGUCAGCACCGGUGCCGUCAACGCCACCCCCACUGCAGCAGGAGCAGCGCCUCAACACGCAGGAUUUGGAGGAUGCGUUGGACCUCGUCUUUACGCUGGGCAAGCCACCUGAGGGGAAUGAGACGUUCAAAGUCUUCAACUAUAUCAUCGACGCGAGGGAUGCUGUCUUAGGCAUUAUCAAUUCAAACCAAGAGUUCAAGAAGUUCAUGGCAAGCGAUGCCGGGAAGCGUCUCUCUGAGCGUGUGGUGCUGGCGUUGGAUGCGGACGGGGAUGGCCGCGUCACGCCGCGUGAUUUCCAAAUUAUGUACGAUCAUGAUCUCAAGAACCUGAUCCGGCACAAUAAGGGCACGCUGGAUGAUGUCCUUCCUCUUUUUGGUCAGUGUCUGUUUGGUUUCACGAUGGGGCUCGCUGUUGGCAGGCAGACAUACCGCCUGUACCAACACAAAGCUAUUAUCCUCACAUCUGGUCUGGUGCUGUACAGCGGACUGCAGUACUUGGCGCAGAUGAACUUUGUCAACCAGAAGCUCCUCGAGGCGACAUUCCAAGAGAAGCUGCGACAAGUCGCGGAUGUGAACGGGGAUGGGGAGCUGAACAGGGAGGACCUCGAGCUUUUGGUCGAAAAUCGCAUGCGCUACGUCGCCACGAAGUUGGGGCCCGGCGGCAUCGCGCCAGGCAUGCUGGGGUACGCGACGCUUGGCCUGGGGGUGCUGCGCGGACUGCGGCGUAUCUGA